AUGAUCUUCAAGGACUUGUACCAGAGAUUCUUGGUGGGCCCCAAGCCAGCAGCUCUGGCCCCCGAUGUCUCCGUGAACUACAUUACCACCACUACCACGGUGGACGGUGCCGAUGCCGUGUUCAACCACUUUACGAAGCAGGAACAUGUCGUCAAAUGCAAGUCGCAGCAGGUCAUCGAUGCCGUAGAAGGCCCCAACUCCGUGUGUGUGGACGUCGAAACCACUCUUGAGUUUGUAUCCGGCGGCGGGGUGUAUCUUCCGUCCAUGGAUGAUAAUUUCCUGGCUGACCGGGUUGCGACCUUCCCCACGGUCCACAUCGUUCACUUUAACUCCGAAAACCAAAUCCAGCGGAUUAGAAUCUAUUGGGACCAGGCAUCGUUACUGAAACAAGUCGAGGUGAUCGGUUCCCGCGGUCGCGGUUGGCCCAUACGCGACGCGAAAGAACAAACCCGCCUGAUCAAAUCGGCCGCAUCUUCCAACCCAGCCCCUGCGCACCGCGUAUCACAGGACAGCAAGGAGCAAGAGCAUGGCGGCGAACAACCUAGCAAAAACGCCUCUCCCGGAAAGAAGCAUAUCAAGGACCCCUAUGCUGCCGAAUCUCUGUUUGAACUGUUGUCCCCGGAAAAGGAUCGUGGAGAACCUAUACGUGCUCCUCGUGCGCCUGCCUCUGCAAAACCUCCACCCCGUGAGUAUAGUGAACUCUUUGUGGGUGGUGAUGAGGAGGAGAACUCCGCCGACGGCCCCGAGGCGACCCCUUCUAAAUCGAAGAUCAUCGCUCCCAAAUUAGGCGCAGGCAAGAACUUCCGGGAGUCGCGUAUCUUUGACGAUGAUGAGACCGUCGCGUCUGAAGAAGGUUCUCAGCAGAUCGCCUACCGUGCUCACCCCAAGAGGUUCGACCAUUUCGAGCUUGGUGCAGAUAAUAGCCAGCGCGAGAUCCAGACUAAACCCACACGUCCUGGGUCACGUCAUGUCCCGCAGUGGAAUUUCGAGGACUUUGCGACCCCUGAGAAGCCCAAACGCCAGCUUCGUGGCGAAGAAAUCCGUCACUUUGGUUGGAGCGACGACGAACCCGAGCCCACCCCCCCUGUCCGCCCUCGCGUGGCGCAGCCUCGUCGUGACAUAGAAACCCACUUCCUGAUGACAGAUAAGGAUGAGGAGCAGAGCAGACCCCGGUACAUUAGCGCCUACCAGAACAAGGGGAUGUCGCUCUACAAGAGUCACCUGUUUGAUGACGAAAACGAGAAGCCCGCUGACAACGAUAAUGCCCCGCUUGCUGUGGUUCACAACGGCGUAAACCGUAAGAAGGACUUCGAGAGUCAUUGGGAAGCCACGGAUGAGUCUCCAGCAGACAGCAAGACCAACGUGAACAACAAACCUGUUGCCUCGGAUCGCCAGAAGGCCGUCAAAAUGAUGGAGUCUUCGUGGGAAGCCUAUGAUGAAUCCCCUCAGCCCAGCAAGUUUGUGCGUCCGCCCCCGCAGCGUCGUGCUAUACGGGCUGUCAAUCAGCGAAGCUGGGACAUGGGCAACGAGUAA